AACAUAGAGGGGUUGCACAAGGCGACAAGAGAGAGGAUGGACCCCGUAUGCCCGUGCCUGUCGCGGCAUUUCGCUCCUAGAAACCUGAGGGAAAGCAAGAAGUUGGGCAGCUAGUUCAGAAUGGGCAGGGGCUCUGCAUAAUGCAGCGUUACUAGCAUGUUAGGUACUUCGGGUUUUAGCAAGAGGGCAUUGUCUGUAAAGUGUAGCAGUAAAAAGAGUUUUCCGAAAGUGACAGUUUUCGUAACGGUAGACCCGGUAACAUGUAGCUCAUGAGGUGUUAGCAUGAGGAAGAAUAAAAUGACACGUAAAAAGCGAGUAUGUUAGCAGAAAAUGCAUUGCACUCAAGCUGGCAUUAAGAAAUCCUGGCAUAGUUUGACUACUAAAACGCCGACAACUAUGAGCUGGUGAUCACGUCUCAAAACGCUGAGCGAAAUGGAAUGCAGGGUACUGUCCAUUCAGAGUCAUGUUGUCAGGGGAUACGUCGGUAACAAGUCCGCUUCAUUUCCCUUGCAGGUCCUCGGAUUUGAAGUGGACUCUGUAAACUCUGUGCAAUUUUGCAAUCAUACAGGUUACGCACACUGGAAAGGACAGGUAUUGACAGCAGAUGAACUCCAUGUUCUAUAUGAAGGUCUUAAACUUAACAAUGUGAACCAUUAUGACUAUGUACUGACUGGCUACACAAGAGAUACUUCCUUCCUAGAGAUGGUUGUUGACAUAGUUCAAGAGCUGAAGAGAGAAAACCCUAAUCUUGUUUAUGUUUGUGAUCCAGUUUUAGGUGACCAUGGGUCAAUGUAUGUCCCAGAAAAUCUCUAUCCAGUUUAUAAAGAGAAAGUCGUUCCAGUGGCUGAUAUCAUUACUCCAAACCAGUUUGAAGCUGAGUUGCUUACUGGAAGGAAAAUCAGUACAGAAAAAGAAGCUCUUGAGGUCAUGGAUGUUCUGCAUUCAAUGGGGCCAGAUACUGUUGUGAUUACAAGUUCAGACUUGCCUUCCUCCUUAGGUGAAAAUUACCUGAUUGCACUUGGAAGUCAUUUACAAAUUAAACGUGAUGGUACUAAAGAGAAGCAAAGAAUUCGAAUGGAGAUUCCCAAAGUGGAUGCUGUUUUUGUUGGUACUGGGGAUUUGUUUGCUGCUGUGUUGCUGUCUUGGACACACCUCCAUCCAAAUGAUUUUAAGAUGGCCUGUGAGAAAACUUUUUCAGUUAUGCAUCAUGUCUUACAAAGGACUAUCUCAUGUGCAAAAGCCAUGGCAGGACCAGGAAAUAAGCCUUCAGCCUCUCAGUUGGAGCUACGCAUGGUCCAGAGCAAGAAGGACAUUGAGAAUCCUGAAAUUGUUAUACAUGCAACUGUGUUAUAAGUCACACAUCAGCCUCUAAUAUCGCACAAUGUAAAACUGUUGUAAAUUUGAUCUGUAAUGUGAUAUAUGCCUUAGAUCUAUUACAGAGCACAACAUUUCCAUAAUUUAGUGAGCAGAGAAGGCAAGAAUGGUACUUUUAAGUACAAAAGAAAUACUAAUGAUAAGGGAGAUAGUGUUUCCUUUUCUCAGGCAUCUUCUAUGCUACUUCCAGAGCUGUAAUAACCUGUUAUUUCACAGCUAAACUCAAGCUAAUUUAAAAUAAAUAUAUAAAUAUAUAUACAUAUAUAAAUAUAUACAAAUAAACAAUUUAAAUUACAUGACCAUAUAUAGAUUUUUGUAGUUUCAUAAAAACUUUGCUGCUUCAUGUAAAUAUUAAAUAUUAUAGCCUCUAUCUUUUUUAAUUGAUUAAAGCCUGCAAUCAGUUGUGCUUCUUUAGUAUUAAAUACCUUGACAGCCAUGAGCCAUGAGCCAUGCACAAUUUCUGUUUAACACAUCUACUUGAAUACUUUACAGUUCAUUUGGUAGAACAAGUCACACAAAUAAUCUUGCCUUCAGAUUCUCAUCUUUUUUUUUCAUUUUAUGUAGGCAAACGAUUGUUUAAGGGAAGAGUAACACAUUUUGUUGUUGCUUCAGGGUGUAUAAGACAUGUGACAUUCCACACUGUACCUUCCUGAGAUGCUUAACAUUUUGAAAUGGAAAUGUGCUUAAUGUAUAAGAUGGUGUACCGGGCAACGCAGACUAUAAGAAGCAGAAUUAGCUUCUUGUUUAAACAUAUUUCUAAGUCAAAAUUACAGGACUUUUUUUUAAAGAGAUGAUUGUAAUAACUGUCCAAAUUAUUAUCUUUUUUUAUUAUGUAGAAAUUUUAAUGUUUAAACGAUCGGAUACCUUCAUUUUGUAUUGUAAUUAUUGCUUGGUACAAUUACAUUAUUCUUGUUGCAGGAGAUGUUCAUUAAUCAAAUACUUUACUGAUCUUUGAUUUCUAAGAUUUUUGUAACCUUUACAUUCUUCUGUAGCUAUAUAUGAAGAGUAGCAAAGACUGGGGCUAUUUUUAAAAUUUUUUGGCCAGCCAUGAAGUUAAAAGGUAUGAAUACCUGACCAUUACAACAUUCUUUAUACACUAGUAAUCCCUGUAUCAGGAAUGACAGAAUCAGCCAUUACAUCAAUCAACAGAGAAGAUCCACUUCCAAUUAGCACAGUUUUUGCUGAGAAUAAUGUAGACGUUUUAACCAUGACACAAUUAAUGGUCUAAUGUUGAUAACAUAAGCAGGAUUUGAGAAUCCUAUUCACAUUAGAGUACAUUUAAAAUGGUAUUUUAAUACUACUGCUAUUAUAUUUUGCAGCAUUUGACCAUAGUCUUUUUUCAUUUGUCUCACAUACCAGGUACACAAGUAUUAGUGAUUUCUAUCACUUUUCUUCAGUGAGAAAGAUGCAUUAUUUUUAAUUUCUUUUAGGUAUUUGCCUAGGCAUUAUGGAUACAUACCUCAGUUUUGUUAAAUUGACUAUAACAGAGAUUUUUAUCUUUAUUGGAGAAUACUGUGGUACUUAUUUAUUUAUGUAGAAGUAAAAUGUUAUAUAUGAGCUGCAAUUAAAGAAAGUAUAUUUAAAAAUGCUGAGAAAACAAGGAUCUUGUUUUCUGCAUAUGUAAGUCACUUUAUUGGAGUGCCAUCGUAGGUUAGGAUUCGUUUUAUAUGUUUUGUAAAGCCAUUUGUUCUCCAGUUCCAUAAAAUGUCUAUUGUUUUAUUAAGGUUCUGUGUAGGUUUGUCAUUAUUAGGCACACCCUAAUUCUGUUUCAUCAACAUUUAUUCAGAUCAAAGAGGUUGUUUGCACAGACUACCUUUAAUUUAAUGUCCUGUAUUGUAUCUUGAAUUAUUAUUUUGUGUAUUGAUUAAUCAUAUUUAAAAAUUAAAGUUAACUAAGAACAUUGAUAAUAAUAGCGAGUCUAGUCCUCAAAAUAUUAAAUACUAACAACUAAAUAAGCUACACUAAAUGCAAACCAUAUCAAUCUUUAUUUUGCUAAAAUAUUUCUUUUCGGAGGCUUUAAUAGCAUCACCAGUUAAUUGAGAAUUAAUGUUAAUAAUAUUGUUUAUAGCCAAGAAAAAUAGGUUAUUGCAACUCUGAAACACACUGUGUUCUCCAUUGCUUUCUGUGAGCUAGUGUACUGUAAUUUCUUUGUUUGAGAUGUGUCUUUUUUGUUAUUUGGUUAUGAGUGGGGGAAUAGGGUUUGAAGAUUUUCAGGUACAAAUUUAUUAUUAAUACCUGAAUAUCAAAAAAUGCACUUGCAUUUUAAUGAGAACUUCCUCCUUUCUUGAAAAGACAAACCAAAAGAAGGUUUUAACUUGCCAGCUGCUGCCUGUUGUAUAGAUCUUCUUGAACCCUGCUGCCAACUGUGAAAAUGGUAAAAUGAUACUGUGUACUUCCCUUUGUGAUUUUUGUAUUGUUGGGUCCUUGAAUUUCAAAGUUUUCUUUUUGGGACUGAUAUACAAAAAAGGUGUUAAUGGUUAUCUCAAUCAGGGUACUACUUAAUAUCAACACAGUUAGGGUGAUCACAUAUGCGUCAAACAAAAAUCGUUCCAUCUUAUUUUGUUUUAAGUUUUAUGGUAAGUUGGAAAUGGCAUAUUUUUAAGAUUAUUAUUAUUGACAGUCAUGAAAAUAUAACAGACAUAAUUGCUUUUGGCUUCUGAACGAUGGCUGUGGCACACUGAAACAAAACUAACAAAUCAUUUAGCAUAAUUUACAUUAAACGCAAGGCAAAGACAUUAUGCUAUGAUUAUUCUGAGAUUACAUUGGAGCAAUAUAAAAGUAACAGAACUGAACAUAGUUUUAUACUUUUCAACAUAAAGUCACACAUUACAGAAAAUGUUUUAAGCACUGUAUAACAAAACAUAUUGUGAUUUACAUAAAACAUUGCACAGUUUUUUAAACCUGUGAAGCCAUUGGAAUGAUCUCCAGCUAAGGUUGUCCCAGAAGCAUGUCCCUAUAUUUAUCUUAAAGUUACUAUAUAUGUUGUCUCUUAGAAUAAAAUGACACACAUUUUAUAGUAAUAGAUGGCAUAUGCACACUACCUUUAGAUGUUUUAAGUGCAAGGCCAGCUCACACAUUACACAAAAUUAGCAGAAGAACAAAGUGAGAGGCUUGGAAAUCUUCACAUAACAGAUAUGUGAGACAGAAAUUGGGAACAUGACCGUUUAACGAUCUACAUUUUGUUUUAAAUACAUUGCCAAUGGAGCUUAAACUUAGUGUGGUCUUUUAAGCAAACAUAUUUCGUUUCAGAGUAAUAUUUACCUUUAGAUUCAUACUAAAAUAAAUGGCCUAAGAUGUCCAAAGUCUUAGACCUGUUAGGCUACCUGUUAAAAUUUAGUGCCUGUUGGAGUAGAAGAGAAGAAAAAAAAUUUAGUUUUCUCCACUUUAAGUUAUAUCACCAUAAUCAUGCAAUUGUAUGGAUAUGCAUUAUAUGUUGACUCUGCCACAGCGGGGCAUUCAUUGUUUUGUACGCCUGAAAAGCAAUAAUCACUCUGAGGUCCUGGACUAGCCAGGGUCUGUCCUGUAUAUAAAUGGAAGAAAAAUAGUGUCAAGUCCAGUGUGAAGCAGCCUUCAGCCAAAAGCACUUUCAGGAUGAGCCUUUAAAAUACUGUAUGUUGAGAAUAAUUUCAGAAUUUGUCUGAUUUCUGUCUUUAAAAUUAUUGUUUUAUCAUUGCUGAUAAUGCUAAUCAUUAAUUUCUUGUUAAUUAUGUUCUUAUAAAGACUGAAAUGAGCUCUGCUAAAAAUGUUUUUUCCCUGCUUUGAUUUAAAUGGUGCAAAUUUCUUAAUCACAAUUUUUAUAUGAGCAAAUGGAGUUUUAUUGUUUAGUAAACUACUAAAUUUUAUUUUUCUUGAUGCUGGGGUGCCUUUUGUCUACAACAGUGAGUACCAUUGAUUGAGAAAGUUUUUAGAUGUCGGAUUAAUUAACGUAAAGCCAGCUGUGUGCCAAAACAGAUGCGUCUGAUUUUGCUUAUUCAAAUUGAAUUUAAUCAAAGGCAACUUUAAUAAAAUUUCUUAAGCAGCUUGGUUUUUGUCUUCCCAUAUGAGUAAUUCAGAUUCUUAGUGUUUUUCAAUAUAUACUUGAUUUUCAUAUGUUGUUAGAAUUUACUAAACGUGACACAUUUUUAAAGUGAUAUCCUACCCCUUUGUGAAAUCUGUGGGAGCUAGCUAGUCAUGAUAGCUGAUUCAGGACAAUUGGCUUUCUAUUGUACAUUUUCGUUAAAGAAAAUUAUCACAAUUAGGUGAGGAAUGGAAAAGGCACUUGUGUGUUUUGCUGUGUUCAAGUAAAAAAUCCUCUACUAUUGUUAUAUGUGCUAAUAUAAAGUCGAGGGGAAUCCCCUCCUUUCACCUUCACCUCUGUAAUUGUGUCAAAAGAGUGCUUUUUUAUUUUUAAAAUGAAGAAAAGUAUUUGAUUGUCUGGUAAAGUUUUUAGUGACCUGGUUUUUGAGUCUUAAAUAUUUUAUAACAUGUUACACUUGAAGAUUGUAGUGUACAAAUCCGCAUUUCUUAAAAUGUAUGUUAUAAUGCAAUAAAUAAUUAUAUUACAUA